AUGAAUCUUUCUCGCCGGAAUGGGAAACGGCGGCGUUCAGCAUCAGGCUCAGACUCCCCGGGAAGCGGCGGUGACGGCAGUGACAGCUGCCAGCUCCCCUUGGGUUCCGUGCUGAGCCCGCCCCCGGGCCUGGGGCGCAAUUUGAAGGAUCACGACCGCCUGUCGGCCGCUGCUGCAGGGACAUGCAAGCAGGCAGUUCCUGAGGACCAAACAGACAAGCUACUAUUGGCAAAUUGGGGACUUCCUCAAGUGGUGCUGGAGAAAUACCACAGUUUUGGUGUAAAAAAGAUGUUUGAGUGGCAGGCAGAGUGCCUUUUGCUUGGACAGGUCCUGGAAGGAAAGAAUUUAGUCUAUUCAGCUCCUACAAGUGCUGGGAAGACUCUUGUUGCUGAAUUACUUAUUUUGAAACGGGUUUUAGAAACGCGGAAGAAAGCUUUGUUUAUUCUGCCCUUUGUCUCUGUGGCUAAGGAGAAGAAAUACUAUCUCCAGAGCCUGUUUCAGGAAGUAGGAAUAAAAGUAGACGGGUAUAUGGGCAGUACCUCUCCAACAGGGCAUUUCUCUUCCUUGGAUAUUGCUAUCUGCACAAUUGAGAGAGCCAAUGGUCUGAUCAAUCGCCUCAUAGGGGAAAAUAAGAUGGAUCUCGUAGGAAUGGUGGUUGUAGAUGAACUGCAUAUGCUGGGAGAUGCUCACCGAGGAUAUCUGCUGGAGCUUUUGCUGACCAAGGUUUGCUAUAUUACUCAGAAAUCAGCAUCUUGCCAGGCAGAUUUAGCCAGUCUUCAGUCUAAUGCUGUGCAGAUUGUUGGCAUGAGUGCUACUCUUCCUAAUUUGGAGCUGGUGGCUUCCUGGUUGAAUGCUGAGCUCUAUCACACCGACUUUCGCCCUGUGCCACUUUUGGAAUCAGUAAAAAUUGGAAAUUCCAUAUAUGACUCUUCAAUGAAGCUUGUGAGAGAAUUUCAACCCAUGCUACAAGUGAAGGGAGACGAGGACCAUGUUGUUAGUUUAUGCUAUGAGACUGUUCUUGAUAGCCAUUCAGUAUUACUUUUUUGCCCAUCAAAGAAAUGGUGUGAGAAGCUGGCAGAUACCAUUGCCCGAGAAUUUUAUAAUCUACGCCAUCAAGCUGAGGGAAUGGUAAAACCAUCUGAACAUCCACCAGUGAAUCUGAACCAAAAGGGCCUCCUGGAAGUGAUGGAUCAGUUACAUCGUUUGCCUUCGGGACUGGACUCUGUAUUACAAAAAACUGUACCAUGGGGAGUAGCAUUUCAUCAUGCAGGUCUUACUUUUGAAGAGAGGGAUAUCAUUGAAGGAGCCUUCCGUCAAGGCCUCAUUCGAGUCUUGGCAGCAACGUCUACUCUUUCAUCUGGGGUGAAUUUACCUGCACGUCGUGUAAUUAUUAGGACUCCUAUUUUCAGUGGUCGAUCUCUAGAUAUUCUUACUUACAAGCAGAUGGUUGGUCGUGCGGGGAGGAAAGGAGUAGACACGAUAAUAGUUGGUGGAGUGGCAAGUACAUCACAAGAUAUGCAAACUUACGCUUCUUGCACAUUUUUGGCUGCAAGUAUGAAAGAAGGGAAGCAGGGAAUUCAGAGAAAUCAAGAUUCUGUUCAACUUGGAGCAAUUGAGGCAUGUGUGAGGUGGCUGCUAGAGAAUGAAUUCAUCCAAAUUUCAGAAGUCGGUGAUGGAACAGAAGGAAAAGUGUAUCAUCCAACACAUCUUGGUUUGGCUACUCUUUCUUCUUCACUUUCUCCAAUGGAUACUUUAGAUAUCUUUGCUGACCUACAAAGAGCAAUGAAGAGCUUUGUUUUGGAGAAUGACCUGCAUAUUGUCUAUCUGGUUACACCAAUGUUUGAGGAUUGGACUACUAUUGAUUGGUACCGAUUUUUUUGUUUAUGGGAGAAGUUGCCUACUUCUAUGAAACGGGUAGCAGAGCUAGUCGGGGUUGAAGAAGGGUUCUUGGCUCGCUGUGUGAAGGGGAAAGUAGUAGCCAGAACUGAGAGACAGCACCGGCAAAUGGCCAUCCAUAAAAGGUUUUUCACCAGUCUUGUGUUAUUAGAUUUAAUCAGUGAAGUUCCCUUAAAGGAAAUUAAUCAGAAAUAUGGAUGCAAUCGUGGACAAAUUCAGUCUUUGCAACAAUCAGCUGCUGUUUAUGCAGGGAUGAUUACAGUAUUUUCCAAUCGCCUGGGCUGGCACAACAUGGAACUACUACUUUCGCAAUUUCAGAAGCGUCUCACAUUUGGUGUCCAGAGGGAGCUGUGUGACCUGAUCCGAGUGUCCUUACUUAACGCACAGCGAGCCAGGUUCCUCUAUGCUGCCGGCUUUCUCACUGUGGCAGAUCUUGCCAGAGCAAAUACUGCUGAGGUGGAGGCAGUUCUGAAAAAUGCUGUCCCUUUCAAAAGUGCCCGAAAGGCAGUGGAUGAGGAAGAGGACGCAGUUGAAGAACGUCGGAAAAGGCGAACUAUUUGGGUGGCUGGCAGAAAAGGCUUAACAGAAAGGGAGGCAGCAGUCCUUAUAGUGGAAGAAGCCAGAAUGAUUCUGCAGCAGGACUUAGUCGACAUGGGAGUGCAGUGGAAUCCAAAUUCCCUUUUAAAUUUCGAUACACAUUCAUUGACCAGCAGUGAGUCAGACAGAGAGGAACACACAUUUAUUACCCAAACUAAGAGUUCUUGUAAAAGAUUAACAACAUCAAAGAAAAAAAGUAACACAGUAACAAUUAGCGAUUCUUGUGUUAACCAUUCACCAAAUACAGUACAAGAUUUCAAUAAAAGUAGAGAGCAUACAAGUUCCUCUUACAAGCUCCAGAAUGGGAAUCAAGAACGUCAUGUACAUUCUGUUUCCAGAGCAAGAAAACGGCCUUCUUUGAACAUUAGUAGAGAGCAGCUAGGCGGCUCUCUCAAGGAGGAAAAAACAAGCACUAAGAAAGUUGUUCAGACUUUUUCAUCUGAAAAGACAAAAAAAGAAGCUUUGAAUUUCAGUUCAGAAAAGUUGAGCACAACCUUCCAAUCUUGGAAACCAAGUAAGCAUCUAAAACAAUCAGGAGACAGGAGCCCUUUGAAAGACUCUGGGAUGCAUAGAACUGAUUUACAAGGACACACUGUGUCUGAUCCUAUUUGUUGUGAAGAUCCCUUAAUCUUAGAUGAGAAGAAUAUGGAAUUGAGAAGUCCAGGGUCAUUUGCUAAAAAUGUAUCUCUCUGUGCUGAGGAAAAAUAUAACAAAACAUCAUUCCCAUCACAAACAGAGCAACGUUGUUCAAGGAACAGAACAGUAACUAGUGAUGCUCUUGUGGAACAUUUUAUCACAGGGCCUCAGAGUAACAAAGUGACUUGUCAAGCUACUAGUGUGGUUAGUGAAAAUGGAAGCGGAUUAGCUGUUGUUGAUACAGAAAAAAUAAACAAUGUGCUGAUACAAAAUGAUUCGAAAAAGCACAAUGUUUAUGUGAAGCACCGACAUAGCCGUCCAGUUAACCAGUGCUCUGAAAAGCAGCCUGAUAAACAGACAAACACUUACACAAAACAGAGAAAAAUAACAGAGGGACAAAGGCCUCAUGAGGCAGUCAGCAAUCAUAUGUGUGGAGACUCAAACGUUGCUAAUAUCAAAUGUGAAAAUGUACAGUUCAAUACGGAGGAAAAGAAACCAAGUAAUUUUCAGGCAUUAGGAGGUAAUAUAAGUAGCACUGAGAUACCGAGUGGAAUACUUCUAUCAUCUGGAACAUAUGGUAAAGCAGGAGGCCAGCAUGAGAAUUUUCUAAAUACCUCUCAAAAACAAGAAAAAACAGAUACUUAUGCAGCAAACAAAACUAAAAAUAAUCAUAUUCCUGACUUAGGCUUAGCCCUCUGUGAUUUUGAAGAUAGUUUAUACCUGGAUACUCAGUCAGAGAAAAUAAUACAACAGAUGGCAACUGAAAAUGCCAAACAAGAAGGAGCGAAGGACACCACCCUGGCAGCAGGGAUGAUGCCAAAGAGCUUAGACAAACGUAGCUUAACUAGCUCUUUACAGAAUGGGAUUCACAUGACUUUUCCUGGUGAACGGCAUUCUGUAGGAGUGACCAGUGCAGAUCAUUUGGAACUUAAGACUGUAGAUACUAUGAAACAAAGCACUGGUUCACAUGGGAUCGAUAUACUGACUCCACAAAGUCCAAAUUUUCAUUCUCCAAUACUGCUGGGGGAAAAUGGGCUUUGUUUUAAAGGGAAUGAACUUUCUGUUACUGACUCCCAGUUAAAUAGUUUUCUUCAAGGUUAUCGAACACAAGAAAUUGUGAUGCCAGUCAUUCCCCUGGUUCCUCAGCAGAGCACUCCCACUGAUAUUGAAGUAGGUCUGCCAGUUUCUGAAACAAGUUUAAAUACAAGUGAUGCUUUACUAUUUGACAGUUUCAGUGAAGACUCCCCAGUAAAACAGCAACCUGAUGUACAAGUGAAAGAACCUCUUCCUUCUGAAGUAAUGGUGAAGCAUCUCAUUAAUUCUUUGUGUCUACAACCAGAGGGUCCAAUUAAAAAAUCACAUAUGAACGAGAAUCAAGAUGUUCAGCAGCAACUGAUCUGUUUCAGUGAUGAGUCUCUUACAUUUUCAGAAAUGGAUUCUGUUCAGAUGGUUGAAGCCUUGGACAAUGUAGAUAUAUUUCCUGUUCAAGAGAAACAUAAUACUGCAGUAUCUCUUGAAGCAUUAGAACUAAGUGAUCCGGGGAUUUUAGGUAAUGGUCACCCUGGUACAGAAGCAGUUGGAGGAGAUCAAGAUGAAAGGGAUCAAAAAUCCAAAUUAACUGAGACGGUGCAAAAUAAUUCAUUCAUAUGGUCAGGGACAUCAUUUGAUUUAAGUCCAGGACUGCAAAUGGUUUUAGAUAAAGUGUCCAGUCCUCUAGAAAAUGAAAAUCUAAAAUUAAGGACUAUAAACCUAUCUAGUUUGAAAGGAAAAAGUGCAGAGUUAAAUGACAAACAAGAAGUGAUUUCAAAUUUGGAGACAAAACAAAUGCAGGGAAUUUCAUUUUCCCCUAAUAUUGAAAUAAAAAGCAAGAUUGAGGCACUAGCGAACAAUGCCGUUCAUGGUGAAGCUCCACCCCUCUUGUCCAGUAAAGAAAGCUGUGCAGCUGAUGAUAAUGGUCUCAUUCCUCCGACACCCACUCCAGCAUCUGCUUCUAAGCUGGCAUUUCCAGGAAUUCUUGGACCAUCUUCUGUAAAACUUCAGAAAACCUGCAGUGUUUUACAACCUGGUGUAAGUUAUUCAUGUGGUUCACCCUCAGAUACUGAAAAUCAUGAUUUAAAUCCAGAGAACAGGGAUGGUUUCAAAGAAGACAGUCCUAUUAGAGGCACAAGUUUUUCACUGCAGCUAUCCCAGGACGAAUUGUACUUAACUCCAACCUCAUGCAGUUCAGAGAGUUUGACCAUAAUUGAUGUAGCCAGCGACCAAGCUCUCUUUCAAACAUUUAUUAAGGAGUGGCAGUGUAAAAAGCGAUUUUCUAUCUCACUGGCUUGUGAAAAAAUCAGUAGUUUGACGUCUUCUAAAACUGCUACUAUUGGUGGUAGAUUUAAGCAAGUUAGUUCACUUCAAGAAACUCCUCCGAGAGAUGAUGGAUUUCCUGUUAAAGACUCUGAUGACGUCUUGGUGGUUGGACUGGCAGUGUGCUGGGGUGGAAGCGAUGCCUAUUAUUUAUCAUUACAGAAGGAACAAAAGCAUUCUGAAAUCAGUGCUAGUUUGGCACCACCUUCUCUGGAUCCAGGCCUGACUGUGAAAGACAGGAUGUGGCACCUUCAAUCCUGCUUGCAAAAGGAUUCUGAUAAAGAACGUUCUGUUAUCGUCUAUGACUUCAUCCAGAGCUAUAAAAUUCUUCUUCUGUCUUGUGGCAUUUCCCUGGAGCAAAGUUACGAAGAUCCAAAGGUGGCAUGCUGGUUAUUAGAUCCAGAUUCUAAGGAGCCGACUCUUCACAGCAUAGUUACCAGCUUUUUUCCUCACGCACUUCCACUCCUGGAAGGAAUGGAGACCGGCCAAGGAAUUCAGAGCCUGGGGCUGAAUGUUAGCACUGAGCACUCCGGGCGAUACAGAGCGUCUGUAGAGUCCAUUCUCGUCUUCAACUCUAUGAAUCAACUCAAUUCUUUGUUGCAGAAGGAAAAUCUUCAAGAUGUUUUCCGUAAAGUGGAAAUGCCUUCUCAGUACUGUUUAGCCUUGCUAGAACUAAAUGGAAUCGGCUUCAGUACUGCAGAAUGUGAGAGUCAGAAACACAAAAUGCAAGCCAAGCUGGAUGCAAUUGAGACUCAGGCCUAUCAACUAGCCGGCCACAGUUUUUCCUUCACCAGUUCAGAUGACAUUGCUGAGGUUUUAUUUUUGGAAUUGAAGUUGCCACCAAAUGGAGAGAUGAAAAACCAAGGCGGCAAGAAAACUUUGGGCUCUACCAGAAGAGGGCGUGACAAUGGGCACAACCUAAGGCUGGGCAAACAGCUCAGCACUAGUAAGGAUGUUCUAAAUAAAUUAAAGGCACUACACCCUUUACCAGGCUUGAUAUUAGAGUGGAGAAGAAUCAGUAAUGCUAUUACCAAAGUGGUCUUUCCCCUGCAGCGGGAACUGCGUCUGAAUCCUUUUCUUGGAAUGGAAAGAAUCUAUCCAGUAUCACAAUCACACACUGCUACAGGACGAAUAACCUUCACAGACCCAAAUAUUCAGAAUGUACCAAAAGAUUUCGAGAUUAAAAUGCUAACACUAGUAGGGGAAAGCCCACCUUCCCAAGCCCUAGGCAAAGGAGUGCUUCCUAUGGGCAGAGGAGGAAAUAAAAGGGGUUAUAACCUGAACCCUGGGCAGCAGGCACGGCUGGAAGAGAGAGCCUCUGACAGAGGGAUGCCAUUUUCCAUUAGCAUGCGGCAUGCCUUUGUGCCUUUCCCAGGUGGUGUAAUAUUGGCUGCUGAUUAUUCUCAACUUGAACUGAGGAUCUUGGCUCAUUUAUCUCAUGAUCAUCGUCUCAUUCAAGUAUUAAACACUGGAGCAGAUGUUUUCAGAAGCAUUGCAGCAGAAUGGAAAAUGAUUGAGCCAGAGUCUGUUGGGGAAGAUCUGAGGCAACAAGCAAAGCAGAUUUGCUAUGGAAUUAUUUAUGGAAUGGGAGCAAAAUCUCUAGGAGAGCAGAUGGGCAUUAAAGAAAAUGAUGCUGCUUGUUAUAUUGACUCCUUCAAAUCCAGAUACACAGGGGUUAAUCAUUUCAUGAAAGAGAUAGUGAAGAAUUGUAGAAGAGAUGGAUUUGUUCAGACCAUUUUGGGAAGGCGUAGAUAUUUGCCAGGAAUCAAAGACAACAACCCUUACCAUAAAGCUCAUGCUGAGCGUCAGGCUAUCAACACAACAGUCCAAGGAUCAGCGGCUGAUAUUGUCAAAAUAGCCACAGUUAACAUUCAGAAGCAACUGGAGACCUUCCACUCAACCUUCAAAUCCCAUGGUCAUCGGGAGGGAAUCCUCCAGAGUGACAGAAGAGGAUUGUUACCAAAGAGACGACUGCCAGGGAUGUUCUGCCCAAUCCGAGGGGGCUUCUUCAUCCUUCAGCUCCAUGACGAACUCUUAUACGAAGUGGCAGUAGAGGAUGUUGUUCAGGUAACUCAGAUUGUCAAGACCGAAAUGGAAAGUGCCAUAAAGCUUUCUGUGAAACUGAAAGUUAAAGUGAAAAUAGGUGCCAGCUGGGGAGAGCUGAAGGACUUUGAUGUGUGAUCGUGCCCCUGAGUAAGGCUUCCCGGGGAAGCAGAAGGUACAGUCACGUGGCAAAAAUAGACAUUGCACUUUAAUGUACUUUGUGAAAACAAACCACUGAGGCUUGAUGGAUUUAGGAUGUUAAUCUUAAAGUCAUAAUUUCAAAAUAUGUAUCAGGUUCCACUCUCUGUAGUGUAAAAAAAAUUUUAUUUUGGAGGUGAAAUACCAAGUUUAGUGAUUAUACUCACUCUGAAAGAGUAUCCGUGCAAUUGCCCUUUAUAGUUUACUGUGGCUUUACACAGAUUCAGAACACAAGCUUGAAAUAUGCACUUAGCAUUUUGGGUCCUCAUCUGUCUGGGUUGAGCAUGAGGAAAAAGGAGCUGCUGGCCCAGGGGCAUUUUCAGGCCCUUAUCUACCUCUUGACCAGGAUUCAGAUGCCCAGGGUGUAGACUCUAACAGGAGCCAUAGGCAGGAAGGGUUUGGCUUCACUAACACCACUAGGGCCAGGCUAGUGUGAUUUUUCUCCACGUCAGUUUAAGACUACAGAAGUACUAUUUUUAAAUAGCAUUGGCUGAUAAAUUAUGAAUUCUAUGAAAUAGUAAGAUUUGAUGUGGAUGGAGUCUGAGAAUGAAUGCUCAUGAAAUGCUGUUGUUUCUUCUUACAUUCCCUCCCCAGUUUGUAAACUGAGUGUAUUUGGAAUAUUUAUGUAUUAUAAAAUAAGCUACACCUCUUCAAGAGAUACCCUGUUCUGUGAGAUCAGGUGUUUUUAUUGCAGUUUAAUGUAAUGCUGCCAGAGAAGGAAAGCGCCCCUUACCAGUCCUUAGGGCCCCUUUUGAUGUUUGUGGCCUGAUGAGGAUACCCACGCUGAAAAGAUUGUACUUUGUAAUCCCGGUCAGAGGUGAACUGACCUUUUUCUGUUGAAAUAAAAUGAAUUUCUGAGAAACUUUACAUCAGCAGUUCAGUUUUUUUUCUUUAUUUUAAUUGUGUUUGAUCUAAGAGUAUCAGA